ACUUGACCCAACUGCUGCAGUAGCAAAAUCUCUGCUACCAUGGUUAGAAGAGGGGAUUAACCCUCGCAAAAGGAAGGAGUGAGCAUUAGCCCAAGAAGCGGCAGUUGCCCUGCAUUGGGUUCUCCCAGGCAAGUCCAAAUCGGCAUUGCCAAUGGAUGAACUGGUACAUGACUUGGCCUCAGCCUUAGAGCAGACUUCAGAACAAAACAAGCUGGAUGAGCUAUGGGAAGAGAUGGCCUUAAGCCCCCGGCAGCAGCGGCGUCAGCUUCGCAAGAGACGGGGUCGUAAACGACGCUCAGACUUCACGCAUCAGGCAGAGCAUGCUUGCUGCUACAGUGAGGCCUCGGAGUCAAGCUUGGACGAAGCUGUCAAGGAUUGCCGUGAGGUGCUGACAGCCAAUUUCAGUGACUCUGAUGACAUGGCAGUGGUCAAACGACACCCAGCUCUCAGUGCCACCCUGAGGAGUAAGCAACACUCGUGGCACGAGUCAGACUCCUUUACAGAGAAUGCACCCUGUCGACCUCUCAGGCGCCGUCGGAAAGUCAAACGUGUGACAUCAGAGGUGGCUGCCAGUCUCCAGCAAAAGCUCAGGGUGUCAGAGUGGAACUACGAGAGGGGCUGCAGAUUUAAGUCAGCCAAGAAACAGCGUCUUUCACGCUGGAAAGAAAAUGCCCCUUGGACAUCAUCCACUCAUGGCCUUUGUGAAUCAGGAGAGAACAGGCCCUUCCUCAGCAAAGGGGGAAGGAAGGAGCGGAUGGAGUGUGAAGCUGAUGAACAGAAACAGGGCUCAGAUGAAAACAUGUCAGAAUGUGAAACCAGCAGUGUGUGCAGCAGCAGUGAUACUGGCCUGUUUACCAACGAUGAGGGCCGCCAAGGAGAUGAUGAGCAAAGUGAUUGGUUUUAUGAAGGAGAAUGUGUUCCAGGAUUCACCGUCCCGAACCUUCUUCCCAAGUGGGGAGCUGACCACCGAUCUGAAGUGGAGCGGAUUGACUCAGGCCUGGACAAGCUCUCGGAUUCCACAUUCCUUUUGCCCUCGCGGCCAGCUCAGAGAGGAUUUCAUGCUCGCCUGAAUCGCCUUCCAGGAGCUGCAGCCCGUUGUCUCCGGAAAGGUCGGAGGAGGCUUGUUGGCAAGGAGACCUCCAUGAGCACUCUGGGCACCGAGAGGCUAGGUCAUAUUGUUAGUGAUCCGCGCCAGAAAGAAAAGAACAAAGUGCCGGCUUCUGAUUUCCCACACACUGUGGCCUGUGCACAUGAGUUCAAUCCAUUAUCUCCUCUGUACUCUCUGGAUGUGCUUGCUGAUGCUUCCCACCGAAGAUGCUCACCAGCACACUGCACUGCCAGGCAAGCAAAUGUACACCUGGGACCACCAUGUUCGAGGGACAUCAAGAGGAAACGAAAGCCAGCUGCAGCCUCCAUGUCCAGCCCAACAUCAGCAACUUUAUCUGUCCACUUGGAUGCAGCAGAGUCAGAGCUACCAGCAACACCAUCCCUGAGACCCCAGAACUCUGAGUGGACAGGGAGAACACCAGCAGCUGAAAAAGCCACUACUACUGCCUCCAGUAACUUUUUUAAAAUGCCACCAGAGAAGAACCCUGGAUACAGCUAAGAGGAAGCAUUGCAACUGUAAAAGCUUGAUGGAUUUUGGAAGUGUUUGACUCUGGUGUGUGUCUUCACCAAACGUCUUGUUUGGCAGUAAUGAUAUCUUCAGUAUUGGCGCAUGAUGCGUGCCAUCAUCCAGACUGAUCUGCGUGCCCCCCAUACCUAAAUCAUGUUUGUGAAUCUAUGUUUUAAAAAAGGUAAUGAGUGUUGGGACCGCAGCGGCUUUUAAACUUGUUCUUGCUAUUGCUGUAUUUAUUAUGCAUUCAUCUCCUUCCCUGAUGCCAGCUCAUAUGUGCUGGGUCAUGUACAGAUUCUUUUGGGUUUUCAGAUCUUUGUUCACCCCCGGACAUGUUGCUUGUUUGUGCAUUUGGCGUUUUUUGGGUCAAAGUCCCACUACUGCCCAGGGAGGCAAAAGUCUCUCCCUGCUUUCUUCCAGGCCAGGAGGAUUUCUUGGCUGGGGAAUGAGGAGGGAAUGCAAACAAGUUCAAACAUGGAACCUGAAUUCUGUAUUAGCAGAAUGUUUUCAGGCCAUAUGCUAAUGGACUCGAAUCAUGUUGCUUCUAGCGAAGCAAAUACGGUGCUUGUCCAUUCGGAAAUUGCCAUUGGCUCGCUGGCAGCAUGGUCCAUUAGACCUAUUCCUUCUCCCUUGAUCUGAAUGUUUUUACUCUUGCUUGUGUAUUGCAUGUUCUUUCCUAAAUCUCCUAAUGGAUUAGGAUUUGGGAGAACUACUUGGACAUUAAUCUGCAAGCUGGUGUCCUGGAAAGGAACCUGGGCCCUUGAAUAUCCUUGGGGUAUAUAUUGGUAGAGGUUAUACAAAACUUCCCUUUCUUGGUGUAUAAAUUAAAAAAUGACUGUUAGGAUUUCUAAAGGAUGCUUGCCGUUGAACUUAACAUGCCAUUGAACAAAAAAGCUAUUUAAAGUAUCACCUGAGUUCAGAGCAUUCUGGGUAUUGAUCAGACCACUUCUGUCUCAUGUUUUCCCUCCCUUCAAAAAGUAUUGUCUGCUAUAUCUACUGGAGGUGACUCUACCUAUGGAUGAUUGUACUUUACUCUGCAGUAUACACUAAAGAGAUUCUCUUUUCAUUGCACUUCCACUUGGUCCCCUGUUACCUUCUGUGUGGAAGAAUAUAUGGAGAGUGAUUUCUUCCCUCUCUUUUCUUGAAUUCUUGAUCACACUCCACUUACUUUUAUUGAAUUACUCUGGAGCUUCUUUUGGGCUGUGUUUUUAGAAUAUAUACCUGUACAGCAUGUGUCAAGGUGGCCUCAUGGCUAUUUAAGUCCUUUAAAAUAGGGUAUAUUUGUAUGCAUAGAACUCUUUGCUUUCCUCACUGGGUGGAGCUUUCAGACAGGACUGGUUUUAAGCUUGUAAAAUUAAUUUUCAAUGUAGAGGUGCAGUUAACACUCUUCAGUAGGUAACAAAAUUUGUAUGGUUUUAGUGGUUUUGCAGUGUGCUCUCCCUUAUAAAUCAAACAGCUGAGGGGUGGAUUUGAUUGUGAGGAUAUAAAGCAGUGAUUUAUAUUUAACUCUGUAUUGAAAAGUUAAAUGGUCAUAACAUACACAAACCAAAAAUUGAAUGACUCACUAAAACAUGAUUGACAAAUACAGUUAUAUUACAGACACACUGUCUGUGUCUGAUCCCCUAAUACCUACUUAUUCUUGGGGAGAGAUCCAAAUUGGAUUUAUAUUUCGCAGCCCAAGCAAACUGUCAGAUUGGUCCAUGUAAAUCCCUCUCAAAACCUUUUUCUUUUUUUCUUUUUUUUUUUUUUUUUUUUUUACAGUGGUACGUUUUAGAACCAAUUAGAACAGGGAAAGUCUUUUUACCUUGCUGAAGGAGUACACAGGUCAGUUUGGAUUAUGGGACAAGCUGUAAGGGUUUUGUGGAGAGGGGACUGUUCCUGUUUUAAAGUAGUCCUUGUAUUGUCUUAUUUUGUACUUAUUUUGAGCAAUGGUGCUUAAGAGGUAGUACAGGAAGUCUCAGCUCUGGAGGGGCUGUAAUAUAGAACAUACAAAGAGAAGGUAAACCUAAAGAGUAGUAGCUUGACUGUCUAGUACUCAUGAACACAGUGAAGAGGAAAGGUGGUCACACUCUCCUGAAAACCUGCAGAUAAAUUUUAGGAUUGGAAGCCUUGUAGCCCAACUUGCAGGCUGUUUCAGUGACAGGGACUGGUUCCCUAAAAGAGCAUUUGUGCAAUUGAAUGUUUUUAAUCUCAUGAAGGAUCCUCCACAGCCUCUCUUGUUUUGAGUCUAUUCAACAGACUUACUUGGAUUACUGAGCAUUCAGCUAAAAUUUUAAAUUUUGGCUGUUGUGUUUCCCUUUUUAAAACCAAUUCUGAUAUAUGUUGCUACAUUCUGAGUAUUGUUCAGAGUAGUUCUGUUUCUUCUGUGGUGUCAGGACAGUUCUAAAACUUUUAUAAGAGAAGUAUUUGAGGUGUUAGGGAAUCGGUGGCCUUCAUCUCACUCAUUGUGGUGGGGGGAGGGGGUUGCCAGACUUCACAUGAUUUUUCGCUGGGGGCAGGGAAAGGUACUUUAUCAGAUUUUCCUAUUGAGGUCAGUCAUACUGUUCAUCUGGUUAAGCCCUUACUUAGGUUGUAAGCUCCUACGAGGUCUUCCUUGCCUUUAAAGGUUGAAGGUACCUGUGGCAGUAUUGAAGAGUAACUGUGGCAGGCCUUAUCCUGGUAAGCCAUACUUCCUGCUAUGGCAACUUUCUGGAAGUGCAAGGAGACUGAAGUUCUUGUAGCUGUCCUGUCUUUCCUAUUUCUGGGUUAGAAUCCAUUUGCAGGUCAGUCAGGCUCUCAACCAAAUUUGAUUCUCCUGAGUGGUAGACAAGCUAAAUAAAUUAUCUGUCUUGUUACCCCAGGGUAUUUAUCAAAAUUCAUCUUCAGACUUCAGUAGCUUGAUACAGAUUUGAAUAUUUGCAGCAUUCUUAGAUGAAUGAACUGGGCUCAUUGUUUUGUCUCUUUUCCUCCAAGGCAAAUUCCUUAGAACUCACACCGUACUCACACAGCACUCACAGUGAAGGACACAGUGCUUCAGAUGUGGUUUGCUUGAGUAGAAAGGAAUAAUAACGUGCCUUGAUUUGGUAGCUGUGCUUCUACUAAGGCAGUCCAGUAUGUGAUUAGUGCUUCAAAGAUACACAGCUCGCUUAUAUUCCACUUCUUGUCCACUAGGACUCCCCAGUCUCUCCCAGGUUUGUCUUCUCUCCAGUUGUCUUCUCUCCUUGUCCUUAUGGGAAGCUUCAAAUUCCCAGGCAUCAACUGGGAACACCAUACUGCUGUGACAAACAAGCCUGGGAAAUUCCUGAAGUAUGUCAAAGAUAAUUUCUUGUCACAAGUGUUCAGUGAGCCAACUAGGAAGGAUGCCCUCCUAGACUUCUUAUUUGUGAAUACAGAAGGACUUGUGGGAGAUGUGAUGGUAGGUGGCUGUCUUGGCCACAGUGAUGGCGAAAUGGUUGAGCUUAAAAUUUUUGAUGUAAUGACAAAAAUGAUUGGCAGAAUUGCUAUCCCGGAUUUCAAGAGAGAUAGUUUGAAAUUGUGCAGUGAGCUAGUUAGGAGUGUCCCCUGGGAAUCUGCUUUUGAGGGCUUAGGGGUCCAUGAGUGCUGGUCAGUUUUUAAGAACCACCUUUUAAUAGCACAAGAGCAGGCAAUUCCAUUGUGUUGAAAGUCAAGCGAGCGGUGCAGAAAACCAAUUUGGCUGAACAGGGAACUCCUCUUGGAAUUCAGGAAGAAAAAGAAAUUGUGUAAUCUCUGGAAGCAUGGUCAGGCUUUGCAGGAAGACUACAGAGCUGUGGUUCACAUAUGCAGGGAGAAAACACAAAAGGCUAAAGCUUAAUUAGAGUUGAAACUGGCCAGUGUUGUGUCAGACAAGAAGAAAGGCUUUUUGAAGUACUUCAAUAGCAAGAGGAGGUCUAAGGAAAACAUGUUGGAGAUGGUCACCUGACAAAUUGGGAUAAAGAAAAAGUGGAGGCAUUCUAUGCUUUUUUUUGUCUCAGUCUCUAAUAAUUACUGAUAGACCUUGGGCUGCCUGGUCCUCUGAGUUGGAGGACCACAACUGUGGAAACAGUGACUUUCCAUGUGUGGACAUUGAAAUUGUAAGGGACCAGCUGUAUCAGUUGAAUGUUCAUAAGUCUACGAGGUCAGGUGGGAUGAAUCCCACAAUACUAAAGGUGUUGUGGAUGUUACAGUAGGACCCCUCUCAAUCAUCUACCAGAGGUCUUGAGAGUCUGGGGAGGUCCCUGUUGACUGGAAGCUAGCCAGUGUUAUUCCAAUUUACAAGGAAGGCUUGAGGGAAGACCCAAGAAGCUACAGACAUGUUGGUCUAACCUCAGUACCUGGAAAAAUUAUGGAGAAGAUAAUAUUGGGUGCUAUUGAAAGGCAUUUAAAGGACAAUGCAAUCAUCAGGCACAGUCAACAUGGGUUCACAAAGGGAGAGUCUUGUCUAAAUAAUUUGAUACCCUUCUGUGAUAAGGUCAUGCAACUAGUGAGCAAAGGGAAGGUGGUAGGUGUAGUUUUUCUGGAUUUUAGUAAGGCUUUUGAUACUGUCCCUCACAGCAUCCUUCUGGACAAGUUGUCCAGCUGUGAAAUGAGCAAGUCCAUGGUGCACUGGGUGAAGAACUGGCUGAACGGUAAGGCUCAAAGGGUUGUGGUAGGGCUCGAAUAGGGCUACAUCUGACUGGUGACCAGUCACUAGCAGUGUUCUUCAGGGCUCAAUUCUAAAGAUAGUUCUGUUCAAUAUAUUUAUCAAUUAUCUGGAUGCAGGAG